AUGGCUCCGCCGAUCCUCAAUGAGAAUCAAUUCGCCCACAGCGGCGACAAGACCACCUUCUACUGGUCCGCCGGCCCUUCCCAGGGACCGCUAGUGAUCUUUGUCCACGGCUGGCCUGCAAACGGCGAGACAUGGACACCUCAACUCCUGGCCCUCGCAUCUCUGGGCUUCCGGGUCAUUGCGCCGGACACCCGCGGUUACGGACGGUCCAGCGUACCGCAAGGGCCAGGCGCCUACGCCCUGGAGCACCAUGUGUCGGAUUUGCUAGCGCUCCUGGUUCACCUUGGCCGCGAUAAAGCCAUCUGGGUCGGUCAUGACUGGGGCGCUGGCCUUGUCUGGGGCUUCGCCUCCCACCACCCGGACAAGUGCAUCGCGGUGUGCUGCAUGGCCGUGCCGUACAACGUACUCGACCCGGAGACUCUUGUCAGCCUCUGCAACCGCGAGCUGUAUCCCGAGGCCGAGUUCCCCUACGCGCAGUGGGACUACCAAAUCUUCCACAAUGAGCAGCCCGAAGCCAGCGCUGCGCAGCUGCGUUACAACGUGCCCAACACCAUCAAAUGCUUGUAUACGCCCGGCGAUCCGGGCAAGUAUGGCAAGAUCGCCUUUACCAGCGCAGUUCGGAAAGACGGCGGUUGGUUUGGCAGCGCCCCCGGUGCGCCAGACGUGCCGUUCGAGGUGACCCUGUUCAAGGAGGACAAGCCUGCCUUUGACCGCAUCGUGGCCGAGUUCGAACGGAACGGCUUCGAAGGCCCCAACGAUUAUUACCGCAACUUCGAGGCUAAUAAGGCCUACGACGCGAAGGCGCCCAACGGGCGUCGCCUCCGCUUCCCUGUCCUGUUCAUCGAGGCUCAGUGGGACACCAUCUGCGAGACGAAGAAUUCCAGGCUGAGUGACCCCAUGCGGGAGCUGUGCGAGGAUCUUACCGAGGUGAGCAUCCAGGCGGGACACUGGGUUGCCAUGGAGAAGCCGGAGGAGACAAACGCGGCAAUUAUUAGGUGGAUCGCCACGAAGGUGCCCACUUACUUUCCCGGGUACUGGAAGACGCCUUUUGUGUCUCGUGUAUGA